CCCUGGCACUCGCGACUGUCGUUUUCUCUCGCCGUAUUCGGUCAUAUUAUCGUGAAAAUCGUUGGGCGACGGGUUAUCCGCGAGGAAGGUGAUUGUUGUUGAGUAAAUAAGUGGGUUCGUAAGACUUUGGCGUGACGAUGGCCACGAUAACCUCCCAGGAGGCGCCGCAUCUCCAGCAGAUCGACCUGACGAAGUGCAACCUCGAUCAGUUGAUGCUACUGAAACGACAGCUCGACAGGGAGAUCGGAGUGUUUCAGGACUCGAUUCGGAGGUUAAAGUUGGCGCAAAAUAAGUUUCAACAGUCUGGACAUUGUCUCGAUAAAGUUAAUGCGGAGAUGAAAGGGAAAGAAAUUCUCGUUCCGCUCACAGAAUCAAUGUACGUGCCAGGAAGAGUAUCAGACACUGAGAAUGUCCUCGUAGACGUUGGGACUGGUUAUUUUAUCGAAAAACCCGUGGACGAUGCGAAGGAUUACUUCAAGCGAAGAGUUGCUUAUAUCACGGAACAAAUAGAAAAAAUUCAAGUAUUGGCGACGGAGAAGCUUAAUAUCUGUAAUGCCACGAUGGAGGUCAUAGCAAUGAAGUUCCAGGCGCAGGAGCAGAAGGCAGCAGCAUAAAAUCACCAGAACUGAUUUAGAAUUCAAUUUUUCUAUCACAGUGGCUUCGAUCACUCAUCCACAAAGGAUUUGCAUUAAUUCUGUCAAUACUCAGGAUUUUUUAUUAAAUUUUUGCGAACAAAAACAAUAAUUUUCGUGUCAUGGGUCAUCGGAGUUUUGGCACAUUUAAUUAAUUGAAUUUACUGAAAUCCAAUCAUUGUUUUUUCCACGAUAUGCAUUUUAUAACGUUCAAAUGUCAUUUAUUAAAUAUACUACAGUAAUUAUAUUUCCAA